AUAUACCAUGAACUCGAUCUCCAAGCAAACCAAACCCUCUCUAUCCAACGUCAAAAACAUUCUUUCUAUCAACUCACUCUCUAUCACUCUAUUCUCAAUCUGAUUUCUGAGUAUAUAUAUUAUUCUCUAUUCUAUUAGCAUUUAAUGCUGUUCUAAUGGCUGCUCUUAAUUCUUUCCUCGUCUCAUUUUUCUUCUUCAUUUUCAGUCUCUUAUUUCAUGCGUCUUUACCUGUUACAAGCUUUCACUCAUACCGUAGCCUCCUCAGUUCUAUGAAUGGCACAGCUUCUACAAACUCAAUCAAGCACCACCACAAGUGGGUCGGACCCAUCGGCCACCGUGUCAUCACCGUUAACGUUGAUGGGUCUGGAGAUUUCCGGGAGGUCCAAGCCGCCGUUGAUUCUGUCCCAACUAAUAAUACAGAGAACGUUGUCAUUCAGAUUAGUGCUGGAAAUUACAUAGAGAAGGUAGUGGUGCCCGUGACUAAGCCGUACAUAACAUUUAAAGGAGCGGGGAGGGACGUGACUGUGAUUGAAUGGCACGACCGAGCCAGUGACCGUGGCCCCAAUGGCCAACAGCUGCGUACUUACAGAACAGCUUCUGUCUCAGUUUUUGCCAAUUACUUUUCUGCAAGAAACAUUAGCUUCAAGAAUACAGCACCAGCACCAAUGCCGGGCAAGGAGGGAGGACAAGCGGUGGCGUUUCGGAUAUCGGGGGAUAAGGCCUACUUCUCCGGCUGUGGAUUCUAUGGUGCACAAGACACCCUUUGCGACGACACUGGCCGGCAUUACUUCAAGGAGUGUCGCAUUGAGGGUUCCAUAGACUUCAUUUUUGGAAAUGGACGCUCCAUGUACAAGGACUGUGAGCUACAUUCAAUAGCCACAAGGUUCGGAUCCAUAGCGGCACAAUUCAGAAAAAAGGAGGAUGAGAAGACGGGUUUCGCAUUUGUCCGGUGCAGGGUCACGGGUACAGGACCACUUUACGUGGGCCGAGCCAUGGGCAAGUAUGCCAGAAUUGUCUACUCCUACACGUACUUCGACGAUGUCGUUGCACAUGGUGGCUGGGAUGACUGGGACCACACCAACAACAUAAACAACAACAACAGGACUGUGUUUAUGGGAGUGUACAAAUGUUGGGGCCCGGGAGCUGAGACCUUGAAAGGAGUAUCAUGGGCCCCUGAGUUAGAUUUCCCGUUGGCCCAUCCAUUCCUCGUCAAGAGUUUCGUCAACGGGAGGCAUUGGAUCGCACCGUCAGAUAGUUAGCACUUGGCAUAGUUGAAGCAAUUGAUUACUUGAAAAACCAAUAUUCAUUUAUUCUUUCUCUAAUUUUUUUCCCUAGGAAAUUCAUUCGUUCAUUCUAUAUAUAAUGUUUGCAUAAUUGUAAUAAAACCAAUGUUCAUCACUUCAAUUA